AUGGAAUCCUCCAGCGGCUCUAACUUUGGAAUAGACACUAUUUUAUCCAACCCUACUAAUUCUGUUAACCCUGCGCUAAUGAACGGAGAUUUCCGCCUCGGUGACAGCAGGACAGCGGAUUUCAGUCGGAGCCAGGUCACCCCGUCCCCGUCAUGUUCGGACAUAGAUACGGUGGGAACGGCCCCCUCUUCCCCAAUCUCCGUCACCAUGGAGCACGCCGAGCCGCAUCUGCUCCAAGACAGCUUACCGCACCACCACCAUCACCACCACCACCUGCAGCCAGGGAGUUUGCAGCUAUCGCCCCAGCCACAGCAGCUAGGGGCUGGAGCCGGUUGUGCCCCCAGGACUGCCACCUCUUCGUUUUUAAUCAAAGACAUUUUAGGCGACAGUAAACCUCUAGCAGCGUGCGCACCUUACAGCACCAGCGUACCGUCACCCCAUCACAUCCCCAAACCAGAGAGUGCCAGGGACAGUGGGGACGGCUUCAGGGCCAAGUUGGAACAAGAUGAAAACAGGAGCAAAUUGGACAAAAGAGAGGAUAUGGAAAUGAAAUGCAACGGAACAAAAGAAGAGAAUGAACGGGAAAUUUCAAGUAGCAGAGAUAGUCCUCAAUCACGGUCAAAAAAACCUCGCAAAGCACGGACGGCCUUUUCAGACCACCAACUCAACCAGUUAGAGCGAAGCUUCGAGCGCCAAAAAUACCUCAGCGUGCAGGAUCGCAUGGACCUCGCGGCAGCACUCAACCUGACCGACACACAAGUAAAAACCUGGUACCAAAACCGACGGACGAAGUGGAAAAGACAGACAGCGGUCGGAUUAGAGCUACUGGCUGAAGCCGGAAAUUAUUCCGCCUUACAAAGAAUGUUCCCGUCGCCCUAUUUCUACCACCCGAGCUUGUUGGGUACCAUGGACAGCACGACAGCAGCCGCCGCAGCCGCAGCAAUGUACAGUAGUAUGUACCGGACUCCGCAGCAACCACAUCCCGGUCUCCAGAGACCCCUUGUCCCGAGAGUACUCAUCCAUGGCCUUGGGCCGGGGGGCCAACCGGCAUUGAACCCGCUGGGUAACCCCAUGCCCGGCACGCAGCAUCAGCGGUAG